CUCCCCCUGUUGAGACCUCACUCUCCUCAUAAAAGCGUCUCUUUUCUUCAGCUAGUCAUAUACAGGGAAAGGCUUCGUUUGAUUCUAAUACUCGCAAUCCUCAUGUCUUUACCGAUAAAGCCCGCCGUGGCGGUUUCUGCGCCUGGCAAAGUUCUCCUCGCUGGUGGCUACCUUGUCCUUGACCGAAAGUAUACUGGUCUUGUGUUUGGCCUCAGCGCGCGAAUCAAUGUCAUUGCCGGAACAGAAAAUAACUCCAGCGAAUCGAGCAAUUCCGAAAUAAUAGUAGACAGCCCUCAAUUCCUCGGCGCACAGUGGCGCUACGCAUACACUACAGCUUCUCAAGAUGGCGGUAUCAAGGUCUCUCAAGUUCAAUCAGAAACUCCUACCAGCGCCAACCCGUUUGUUGAAACAACCCUCAACUACGGUCUCACCUAUAUCAACGCACUCAGCAAAAAGUCCAUCACACCCGCUCGCCUGGUCAUCCUAGCUGACAACGAUUACUACUCACAGUCUGGUAUGCAAAAGUCAAACGGCAGCCGCUUCGCGGAGUUUGGAGUGACUCUCAAAGAUGCCAAUAAGACUGGUCUUGGAUCGUCUGCCGCGCUGGUCACCUCGCUGACCGCUACUCUUUUGAGCUACUACCUACCAACGGAGCUUUUCGAUAUCACCAGUGCCAGUGGAAAGACGACAUUACAUAACUUGGCACAAGCAGCGCACUGCGCUGCGCAAGGCAAGGUGGGAUCUGGAUUUGAUGUCGCUGCAGCAGUCUACGGAUCUUGCAUGUACCGUCGCUUCUCGCCGAGCAUUCUGAGCAGUGUUCCUGAGGCAGGUGCUUCAGGAUUUGCGGAGAAGUUGAUGUCGGUUAUCGACAAAGAGGCAUGGGAUGUUGAGGUUGAGGGAGAGGAUCUGUCUUUACCUAGCGGCGUCGCUCUGCUCAUGUGUGACGUAGAUUGUGGCAGCCAAACUGUAGGCAUGGUCAAGAAGGUUCUUGCUUGGAGGGCCGAGGACAAGGAGCAGUCACGUCAGCUUUGGGACGACUUGCAGAGCCGAAAUGAGACUCUUGCAUCGGCUUUGAAGCAAGAGGACCUUGACGUCCUGCCUGCCAAGGUAGAGAGCAUCCGUGAGCUUAUUCGUAAGAUGAGUGAGCUCAGUGACGUCCCUAUUGAACCUGAGAGCCAGACCAAGCUCUUAGAUGCCAUCACCAAGGUUGAUGGUGUAUAUGGUGGCGUUGUCCCUGGCGCUGGUGGCUUUGAUGCCCUUGCAUUGCUUGUCAAGGAUGAUUCUUCGACAAAGGCAAGACUAGAAGAAUUCUUGGCCAAGUGGUCAAGCGAUACAGACUCAAAAGUUAAGCUCCUAUCUGUCAAGGGUGAGAUGGAGGGUGCCAAACGGGAGGACUUGGCGGUCUACGACGGGUGGUUUGCCUAAGACAUUUGGCAACACGACAUGUGCAUACAUAAAAGUAACUUAGUCGCUCUUAAUACGGAGGGCAAAGCAAUUCCAAAGAUAAUAAUUAUGUCAAUUUUGAUAUUCAAAACGCAAAACUAGGGGACCUGACACCCUGUACACCGUUGUCCGAACAAACGACCGUUUUCAUGACUGGGCACACAAUCCGGUCAACCUCGUUCGAUAUUGCGCCGUCUGAUUAAUAAUAAUAAUACAUGUUCCGCACCAAAAGGACCAGCCCAAACAUGGUUUGACAAUGUAUGAAGGUUUGACAAGAACAGGGAGUGAGCUGUGUUGUCGGGGUAUAUGGGGCUAUUUUCAUCAUUGUCGUGGAAAGGCGUGCACAUUAUAGACUAUGCACGACAUGUCGUUUAGAAAUAAGCCCAACUACCAAGCAGCGCGGCUGGCAGAGAUGUUGUGGCGGGAUUCCCACGAAGUCAUGGAAGAAGAUGAGCUGGGAACGGUUUCGAUGGUUCCGACACGGCUGGCAGCGGCGUGGUCGCGGAGAAUGGCGAGCCUGUACAAAUCGAGUUAGUCUACAACGUUGAAGCCUUGUCUAUUUCAUUUCAUAUUACAUACUCAUCUUGAGAAACUCCGGGGAGAGAAACAGGCUCGAGCUUGAGAUCGAAAGGAGCAGACUGCAGCCAGGGUGUUAGUGCUAACGUUGCUUACUUGAUGGUGACGAUGCGGCUUACAAUCUCAAGGGUUCUCUUGGGCUUGGUGGUACGGUAGCGCUGGAACAUGUUCUGAACACGAGUGCAGAACAAGACAACGUUGUUCUUGACCUGAGUAGACUCCAUUUUUGUUGAUAUUAUUAAAGCGGUUGGGUGCUUUUUGGUUGGUGUAGAGAGGGAGCAGUCGAACGAGAAUUCAGCGGUGCUCAGAAGAAAAGGUGUCUAAUGUGACGAGAGAAAGAGUCGAUAAUAAGAGGUCGCCGGCGAGUGAUGCUAGCGAAGUAGAGAAUUAAAUAGGUGCUGGGAAGCAAAAGUGAAUAGUUAAAGCAGUCGAAGUUUCGUUUGGUGAUGAUGUGUUGCUGAACAAGGGUGUGUUGGGCACAGGAAACGAGAGUUGUACCACGGUAUAGAAAAUAAAGAGCGAUCAGAAUUAAAGAGUGAAUGAAUGACUAAAAGGAACGAAAGUCGAAAAGGUUUGCUGGGAACAAAGAACGUAGCGAUGAGGAGGAAACGGAAGCAUGGGCAGAGGAGGAGAGGUGAGGCAGGUGAAUAUAUAAAAGAAGCCAGCUUGGAGGCCGGGUGUCAGACACGAGCCUCCAUUCCCAACGCGGGAAAGGAAAAAAGGUGAGUGCAGC